GCCCCAUAAUACCUCGCGGUGAAAGUUUCUUCCCUCGGUUGCGAAGGUCGCUUCUGAGAGAGGGAGAGAGAGAGUUGUACCGUUAGUUUCUUGUUCGCCAUGUGGGCCGCCGCCGUUCGUCGCUUCGCCACUUCGGCCAUUCGCCGCGGACAUUAUGAAGAUGGCCCGGGGAAGAACCUCCCUUUUUCUGUGGAAAACAAAUGGCGUUUAUUGGCAGUUUUCGCAAUCGCCUGUGGUACUAUCUCUACCCUCACAGUUGUUACAGCAAGAAACCUUGCUCUGAGGACAGCAUGAGUGUGCUACAAUAGUACGAUGAGAGAUUGGAGGUAGAAGAGUACAUCCUCUUUUUCCGUGAAACAAAAAAUGUAACUGAAAUGGAUAACACAACAUUUGUUUGUAAAUAAAAGGUGGAUUCUAAAUAUAAAGUGCUGUGGACUUUAA